AUGGCGCUUCCUUCUCGCCGCGUAGCCGCGUUCGCCGCUCUCCUCCUUCUCCUCCUGCUCGCCACAGAGCUGGGGACGACGACGGUGGCUGAGGCGAGGACCUGCAUCUCGCAGAGCCACAACUUCAGGGGUGCCUGCAUCAGCAGCACCAACUGCGCCAGCGUCUGCAGGACCGAGGGCUUCCCCGACGGCGACUGCAAGACCCGGCUCUUCCAGCGCAAGUGUUUCUGCAUCAAGCAGGACUGUUGA